AUGUUCGCAGGCCUGUGUUACGCCGAAUUCGCAGCGAGAGUGCCAAAAGCCGGAUCGGCUUACGUUUACAGUUACGUCGGUGUGGGUGAAUUCGUCGCGUUCGUGAUCGGAUGGAACCUGAUACUCGAAUACGUCAUCGGCACUGCAAGCGUGGCCAAAGGUCUCAGUAACUACAUAGACGCGCUGUUGGAGUACCCUAUGAAAAGAACCAUGACAGAUCUGUUCCCGAUGAACAUCAGUUUUUUGUCCGAGUACCCAGACUUUUUGUCGUUCAGCGUCGUGUUGUUGUUAUCAAUCUUACUGUCAUGGGGAGUUCGCGAAUCUACGAUGAUCAACAACGUGUUUACCGUCGUCAACUUACUGACCGUGGCCACCGUCGUUAUAACCGGAUUAUUCAAAGUUAACUCGUACAAUUGGAACAUACCGAAACAAGACAUCCCGAAGACCGCGAAAGGCGGCGAAGGURGUUUCAUGCCUUUCGGUUGGGCUGGAGUGACCGCGGGGGCUGCCAAAUGUUUCUACGGGUUCAUCGGUUUCGACACGGUAGCUACAACGGAUGAUCAUCUCGGCUGGACGACGAUAAAAUGGAUUGUUUCUUCUGGUGCUAUUUUUGCUCUGUUCACUAGUCUCAUCGGGACCAUGUUUCCGUUGCCGAGGAUUUUGUAUGCCAUGUCUUGUGACGGUCUCCUGUUUAGCAUGUUCUCCGACAUUCACCCAAGGUAUCAGACACCUGUAUUGGCCACCUUGCUGUCGGGCAUGUUUGCGGGUAUUAUGUCAGCGAUUUUCAACCUGGAACAGCUGAUUGACAUGAUGUCGAUCGGUACGCUGUUGGCGUACUCGAUCGUAUGCAUUUGCGUACUGGUGUUAAGGUACAGGAACGACUCGGACGUGGAGUUCGUGAUCAAGGGCAACGAUGAAUCGGAAACCAGCGGAUUCUUCGAAACGGUCGUCAAGACGGUGGUGAGGUACUUCAACCUGUCCAACAUCAAAUACGCCAACGAAGCGACUGAGAGCGUGGCCACGAUCAUCACCAUGUGGUUCAUUUGCACGUCGGCGCUGUUUUGCUUCAUCACUGUCCAACAAGAAAGCGCCGAAAACAGUAGCGACGUCGUGGUGUACUCGAGUGCUAUUUUAGCCAUAGGACUAUUGCUUCUGUUGCUAUUACURGCCAGACAGCCCCAAUCGACCAAAGAACUUUCGUUCAAGGUGCCGCUGGUCCCGCUUAUACCGUGCAUUAGUAUCUUGUUGAACAUUUACCUAAUGAUGAAACUCGACAUACACACUUGGAUCCGUUUCGGGAUUUGGUUGCUGAUCGGACUGUUCAUAUACGUAUUGUACGGCAUGAAGCACAGUGUCGAGGGACGCAAGCAGUUGGGAGAGCCGAAAAAAAGACCGUCGACUGCCGCACCUGUGCACCCGAUUUCUAUCAUCAAGUUAUAGGAAAUGCACGUAAAGUGCAUAUAAGUAUAAUAGUGGCAAGGAUAUGUUGAUCAGAAUAUUAACAUUCCGUUACAAACACAAAGCAAAACCGACUGUCACGCGAACGAUGCACUUUUCAAAACGCACUGCGCGAGGAGACCGUCCUUCGCAAAAAAAUAUUUACGUAUAUCAGUAUUAUAUUAUUUAC